AUGUUUAGCACCUUCUCCGUCACCGACUUUCAGCCGGCGGGCCGUGCGCCCCGUGGGCGGGCUUGUGAUGCCUGCCGCAGGAUGAAGAUCAAGUGCCGAAUUCCUAGGCAAACCAACGGGGUUGAUGGUCGUCAGGGCGUUGCUAGUCCAGGCCCGUGCAAUUCGUGCCAGCAGGCUCGCGUGAAGUGCACAUUCCGGGACAAGGCGGCCAAACGAGGCCGACCAAGUAAACUAGAUUCGCAUGAUACGUCAAAGGGAGGAGACAAGUCCGUUGCGCAAUUUGCUCCCACUCCAUUUUCCAUUCUGACUGCCGACGACACCUUGGAAAGGGAGGGUGAAGAGGACUCGCCCCUAUUCAGGCAGAGGUAUAUGUCAGAAGACACAGAGUUGCUGGCGAGCCAUGGCUCCGGGUCUUAUGACGGCGAGUUUGAAUCUCCAUCCAUCGUGGAUCCGGCAGCCGCGCCCAGGGACGACAACCUGACCUCAGAGCAUGGGCGCCAGUUUCAGUCCAAGCUCGUCGCUGAUGCCUGGGACACCAUCAAUGCCUAUUAUGACGACGGGUACCUGGUGUUUCCCAUAGUCCCGUACUCGGAGCUUGCUUCACGACUUGUCACCGAGCAGGAUUGGCUCUCUCAGCCGAGUCUUCGCACCCUGGUUUUGUCCCUUCGACUGCUGCUCGCCUCCGGAAGAUACCGAAUGGACUCUCGCGACAGCACCGUCUUACGAGAUCUCAUACUCCAGGUAGAGACAUCGCGCCUAGGCUACGACUAUGCAGACCCGGCCGCCCUGGAUGAGGUCGCAUGUUCACUGUUCCUAUUUACGGCGUACAAUGUGCUGAACGUGCACACCCGCGCAUUUCUGUACCUGGACGAGGCAAUUUCGUUAUUCAACGAGGCUGCCUUGCUUUAUGAGGAAGACAACCCAAGAGUGCUACGCAUCGAGAAGGUUAUUUUUAAUACAGAAGCGGCGUCGCAGCUGUACGCUUCCAAGACCAGAACGCGUCGGGCUAGGAGGCCGAGCAUGAACAUCGACGACUAUGUACCGUGUCUGGAUGGCUUCGCACAAGACACUGAGACGGAGGCCAUCGCAGCCCGCCUCUUGACGCGGCUGACCCGGACAUACCUAGCCCAAGGCUCUGAUGUCCUGGCCGAGACGGAAAUGGACAGCCUCACCCUCGAGCACCACAGCCGUCAUUCCUACCUGCGAAUCCAAGAAGCCGACGUCAUCGUCACUCAGCAAUGGCAGCUGUCCUCGAAGCUCGUCACGGACCGCCAGUACGUCUCCAUCGCGAACAAGAGGCCGAUCAUCUUCUCUCUCGGCGUCCAGGUCAUGUCAUGGGUCUGUCUGCUCAGGGAAGGUGAACUGCGGGUGGUUGGCCUGGGCAAGCUCGCCGAGCUGGCCCUGAACAUCUGCUUCCUCACCGGCGGCAUGAGGUGCCAAGACAUCCUGCGCGGCCUGGCCGGGGCGGUGCUCAGGGAGGACCACGAGCAGCACUACGCUCCGAGACUGAUCGGCAUGAUGGCUGCGGUCUCGCCCUCGAUCCCGACCAUGCCCAGCCUAGAAGGGCCUGUGGCGCUGUCGGGUCACUUGGCCCUUCCCGCGCCCCAGCCUGCGACAUCGGAUGCCGGCAUUCACGAUUACAGCUUGGGGCAUCUGGUGGCCGGCGUCUCGGAGAGCGCAGCCCUGGGGGACGAGAACCUGUUCCAAAGCUUGGAGGGCAUGGGAGACCUCGAGCUGGUGGGGCUUGACUGGCUGGGAGUCCUGGCCGAGGUACAAUAG